GCGACCUAAUUGCUCUCCUUCUGAGACACCAAGACAGGAGGAGCCAUCUCCUCCAAAUCCACACCCAAUUUAUUGCCCACCAGGUGUUCGACCAAAGUCCCGCGCCGUGGCGCGCCUUCCUCAAGGCCUACUCCCACGGUCCUUUCCCCCUGGAAGCUCUGCACCUCUUCAAGCACGCGCGCCAGCACCUGGCUGAUGACACAUUUGUCUUCACGUUCGUGCUCAAGGCUUGUGCGGGUCUGGGGUGGCAUCGAGCUGGUGCACAGCUCCAUGCGCUCGUUGUCCAGAAGGGGUUCGAGUUCCAUGCCUAUGUGCACACCGCCCUUAUCAAUGUGUAUGUCAUGUCCAGGUGCUUGGUGGAAGCACGCAAGGUGUUCGAUGAAAUGCCAGUGAAGAAUGUAGUUUCGUGGAAUGUGAUGAUCACUGGCUUUGCUGGAUGGGGUGAGGUUGAGUAUGCGAGGCUUCUGUUUGAUCAGAUGCCCUGCAGGAAUGUUGUCUCAUGGACUGGGCUGAUUGAUGGAUAUACACGUGCUUGUCUUUAUGCAGAGGCUCUUACUCUUCUCCGCCACAUGAUGGCAGGAGGCAUUAGCCCGAGUGAGAUAACUGUUUUAGCAGUUAUUCCUGCGAUAUCUAAUCUUGGAGGGAUCCUUAUGGGUGAGAUGCUGAAUGGCUAUUGUGAGAAGAAGGGUAUCAUGUCAGAUGCCCGGGUUGGGAAUUCACUCAUAGACUUGUAUGCUAAGAUUGGCUCUGUGCAAAACUCGCUAAAGGUGUUUGAUGAAAUGCUGGAUAGAAGAAAUUUGGUGUCAUGGACAUCAAUAAUUUCUGGUUUUGCAAUGCAUGGGCUGUCAGUUGAGGCACUUGAGCUGUUUGCAGAGAUGAGAAGAGCAGGGAUUAAGCCCAACAGAAUCACCUUCUUGAGUGUCAUCAAUGCCUGCAGUCAUGGGGGUCUGGUAGAGCAAGGGUUAGCGUUUUUCAAAAGCAUGGUUUAUGAGUACAAUAUAGAUCCAGAGAUCAAGCAUUUUGGGUGCAUCAUAGACAUGCUAGGUAGGGCUGGACGUUUGUGUGAGGCUGAGCAAAUAAUAGAAGGGUUGCCUAUGGAGGUUAAUGUAACUGUAUGGAGGAUACUGUUGGGUUGUUGCAGUAAGUAUGGAGAAGUUGCGAUGGGGGAGAGGGCAAUAAAGAUGAUAUCAGACUUAGAAAGAGAAUCUGGAGGUGAUUUUGCAGUAUUGUCCAAUGUACUUACUGAGCUUGGUAGGUUCAGUGAUGCUGAACAAGCACGGAAGUUACUGGAUCAGAGGAAAAUUGUUAAGGUUCCUGGGCUUGCUUUGGUUGGCGAGAUUCAGUAGUCUCAAAAUUGUUCAGUCUGAUGGGGGAAGCUCUAAAAUUUCUUUGCAACCUUACCAUGUUAAUUAUCUUCCAGUAGCAUACCAACUUCAUUAAAUCUCCCAGCCAAAUGUUGCAGGAAGCAGGUGAAGUGAACCUCAUGUCCAGUUCUUGCUCCUCUUUAACUAGUAACUAGAUCAUUUGUAGUGAUGGAAGCUGUAAAGAAGCUCCAUGCUCAUCUCGUUGUUUCUGGCCUGCACAACUGUCAAUAUGCAAUGUCCAAGGUUAUCAGAUUGUAUGCUCUUCAUCAAUCAGAUUUGGUUUCUGCUCAUAAAGUAUUUAAGCAGAUUGAGUCACCAACAACUUUUCUUUGGAAUACUCUUCUAAGGGGUCUUGCUCAGAGUGAUGCACCAAAAGAUGCAAUUGUUUUUUACAAGAAAGCUCAGGAAAAGGGUAUGAAGCCAGACAACCUGACAUUUCCUUUUGUGUUGAAGGCUUGUGCAAAAACUUGUGCUCCAAAGGAAGGUGAACAGAUGCACAACCAUGUUAUAAAACUUGGAUUUCUUCUGGACAUCUUUGUUUCCAAUUCUCUGAUUUAUCUAUAUGCUGCUUGUGGUGCUCUGGCCUGUGCAAGAUCCGUCUUUAAUGAGAUGCUAGUUAAGGAUGUUGUGUCCUGGAAUUCCUUGAUUGGUGGAUACAGCCAGCACAAUAGACUUAAAGAGGUAUUGACAUUAUUCAAGCUAAUGCAGGCUGAAGAAGUGCAAGCUGAUAAGGUUACAAUGGUCAAGGUGAUUUCAGCUUGCACUCAUCUAGGAGACUGGAGCAUGGCAGAUUGUAUGGUUAGGUACAUCGAGCAUAAUCAUAUUGAAGUGGAUGUGUACUUGGGGAAUACUUUGAUUGACUAUUACUGUAGAAUUGGGCAGCUGCAAUCAGCUGAAAAGGUGUUUUCUCAGAUGAAGGAUAAGAACACUGUGACACUGAAUGCAAUGAUCACUGCAUAUGCAAAGGGUGGGAAUUUGGUCUCAGCGAAGAAAAUAUUCGAUCAAAUUCCUAACAAAGAUUUGAUUUCCUGGAGUUCUAUGAUAUGUGCAUACUCGCAAGCUAGUCACUUCUCUGAUUCUCUGGAGCUCUUCAGGCAGAUGCAGAGAGCCAAGGUAAAACCAGAUGCUGUCGUGAUUGCCAGUGUACUUUCUGCUUGCGCACACUUGGGUGCACUUGAUCUUGGUAAGUGGAUUCAUGACUAUGUGAGGAGAAACAAUAUCAAAGCUGAUACCAUUAUGGAAAACUCUCUGAUUGACAUGUUUGCAAAGUGCGGGUGCGUGCAGGAGGCACUACAAGUGUUCACGGAUAUGGAGGAGAAGGACACCUUGUCGUGGAACUCAAUCAUACUAGGACUAGCAAACAAUGGGUUUGAGGAUGAGGCGCUGGACAUUUUUCACAGUAUGCUUACUGAAGGUCCCAGACCCAAUGAGGUUACUUUCCUUGGUGUGCUGAUCGCUUGUGCCAACAGGCAACUAGUUGAGGAAGGGCUUGACCACUUUGAAAGGAUGAAAUCAGUUCACAACUUGGAACCACAGAUGAAGCAUUACGGAUGCGUUGUUGAUAUUCUCAGCCGUGCUGGUCAGCUGGAGAAGGCGGUUAGUUUUAUCAGUGAGAUGCCCCUGGCUCCUGACCCUGUGGUUUGGAGGAUACUGUUAGGGGCGUGCAGGACACAUGGUAACGUGGCUGUUGCCGAGAUGGCCACCAAGAAGCUCAGUGAACUAGACCCCGGUAACAGUGCGGACUCCAUGUUGCUGAGCAAUAUUUAUGCAAGUGCUGAUCGAUGGAGCGACGCCAUGAACGUCAGGCGAUGGACGGCUGAUAAUGCAGUGAGGAAGUCGCCCGCUUGUAGUGUUGUUGAUUCAGCUAGCUCGACGAAUAGUUAGGACCCACCGAAUUGCCUUCGUUGUCAGGUCUAAUUUUGUCAACAGCACUGUCUAUUAUGGUAGUAACCUCGUCUCAAUUUGGUCAGGGGAAUACAUGGCGCCGGAGCCGUGACGCCCCAGUGGUGUCUUAAGAUGUGUCGACCCUUUCAGGGCCUUGGAAUUGACAGAACAAAGGGCCCCGGAAAUACCAGCCUGACUCCCAGCUAGGUCUAAUGCAGGCCUGUCUUCUACUGAUGGAAUGUUGAAGAAAUCUUUAUCAGCAUCCGAGAGUGUAUUUUCUCAGACGCUGACAUGUAUUUUGCGAAGUCGUUCUUCGCCUUGCUGCUGAUGCACUUAAAGAGAGGCGCAGCAAGGCCACUUUGAUAGAGUUCAUCGUCUACUAUGGAUAAGGCCUGGUGCGAGUGUUAAUUCUCUCGAGUUUAUGUUUGUUCGUCGGCGCAUAGCUUCUGUUUAGGUAGGUGAGUCCGAGCUCGUGCCUGACCGCGAUGACAGUGUGCUCGAGCUCGGGAUCGUCAGGAAGCUCACGACCAGCUGCGCCAAGGCCGGGAGGAGCAUCUCCCUCGCGCUCGAGGCCUUUCCCUGCGACAUCCAGGAGCAGCUCAAUCGGUUCAUGGAUGGCAGAAUCGAUGGCAUACUUUGAGGCUUUAUACAUCUCACUGGGCACCAGAGCGAUGGCAGGAGUAUGAACCACUUUUGAAUUACUGUCGUGAUAAUGGAAUAAAGCUUGUUGCAUGUGGGACUCCACUUGAGGUGGUAAGAACUGUGCAAACAGAAGGAAUUAGAAGCCUUUCAAAAGCUCAAAGAAAGCUUUAUGCUCCUCCAGCUGGCUCAGGCUUCAUUUCUGGCUUUACAUCCAUCUCAGGCCGAUCAUUGAUAGACAAAAUUUCAUCAACUUGUGGUUCCCCUUUUGGCCCAAGCUCAUAUUUAUCAGCACAGGCAAGAGUAGUCGAUGAUUAUACCAUGUCCGAGACAAUAAUGAAAGAAAUUACUGAUGGAGAUCCUUCAGGAAUGCUCGUUGUUGUAACUGGUGCGAGUCAUGUAAUGUAUGGGCCACGAGGAAUUGUAGUUUUUUUUUAUAAAAAGUAACUUCAUUUGAUAACAUACAAGAAAGGUAUGAUAUUUUUUUUCUAAGAUGGCAAACGCUUGUACGUGAAUAAUAUAUUAAUAAAACUUGAUUUGAUUUUUA